UCCACCAGGGAAGGGUGAAUGGGAUUGGCAUGUUUUUAGCUUACAUACGGACGUAGAUACAGUCGUAGCGUGACACCACUAGAGGCGUGAUCAUUGAAGAAUGGCUGACAUGACGGGCAAGAAUCAUGAAAAACACAAAUGUAAAGAACUGGAUAACCGAUCUCAGCAUGUUCAGACAUACAAGCCGAACUUACGACAGAUGGAGGGCUUUGAGGUGAAUGUGAAGAAGGCGACUGGCCUCCACAAUGGAUGGUACGACAAACUUGAUGUUCCUGAUUCAUAUGUCGAGGUGCACUGCCAACAGACCGUGGAGAAACUACACACAACAGAAGUCCACUGGAACGACAGGAAUCCUGUAUUUAAUGAGACUAAGACAUUCACACUAACUCAAGACACUCAAGACAAUCCAGAUAUAAAAAUCAUGGUCAAAGAGAAAAACACGCUUAUUGAUGGAGUUCAUGGAGAGUAUACUUGUGAACUCCGACAGCCGCCGAAAGAAAUCCAACUAAAUCAGAGUGCAACUCUAUCUGUUGACAUAUCUUGUAAACAGUUCCCAUCGAACCUUCGUUCAGGAUCGGAACUGUGUCAGGGGGAAGAGGACUUCCGAAGAGCAAGAUGUCCAGUUGUACGUAGAGCACUACAGAAACUAUUCGGGCACGACAAAACUGAUUUGGAACGACUGCCUGUAAUAGCAGUGCUUGGGUCUGGAGGCGGGUUUCGCGCUAUGAUGGGUAUGAGCGGAGUCUAUAAGGGUCUGGUAGACACAGGAAUACUGGACUGUGUGACGUAUACUGUCGGACUCUCCGGGACCGCCUGGUACCUGUCCACGCUGUGUUCCAAUCCCGACUGGCCGGAUGUCCACCCCUCCGUAGUAGACGACCACCUGCGGAAGUGUGUGGGCAAGUCAUUAUGGGACACUAUCAUGAGCCUGCGGACGUUCCGAAAUUGUUACGACAACACAAAGGACUGUGGCAAGCCGUGGACGUUCACUGACCUGUUUGGAUACUGGGUCGGUCAGACACUCAUACCUGAUACAAUGCACACUAAAUGGAGUCACCAGCAGAAUAAGGUCCGUGAUGGACACUGUCCACUGCCGAUACUCGCCUGUGUCCACGCCAAAUUGGACAAGUCUGUGAAAGAGUUCCACGAAUGGGUAGAGAUAUCUCCUUUUGAAGUCCACAUGCCUAAAUAUGCUACGUCAGUGAAGCUUGAGGAGUUUGGUAGCGAGUUCUAUAAAGGAAGGAUGACAGUUGGGAAGAACGAGUUGCCACUCCACUUCCUGAUGGGAAUAUGUGGCAGUGCGUUUACAGCUCUCCACAAAAGCUUCUCCGAAAUGGCAGCAAAGUCAAAAAAACUCUCCUCAUCAAGUAGGGGUUCUGAAGGAGACUGGAACACUACCGAUACAAUGGACGAAGACCUUAGCUCUUGGAUUGAUUUCACUAAGGGAAUCCUUGACAAGUUUGGAAUGAACUACCUGGACAGUCGGUGUGGCCGUGCAGCGAAAAUUCCCAACUUCAUGCGUCAGCUGACACUGGUGAAGUUGGAUGAAGUUGAUACCCCAACUGACAGCGUAUUCACCACGGUCGACGAGCCGAUGUCUACGAAGGAGGAUCACAUGUGUCUUAUAGACGCAGGACUGGUGUACAACUCGCCCUACCCUCUCAUCCUCAGGCCUGAACGCCAGGUUGACCUCAUUCUGUCCUUCGAGUUCAGUGAUAGAGGCAAGGAUGACAGCCAGCCGUUUGAGCAACUAUUACUGGCGAAACAAUGGGCUGACGAUCACAGGGUUCCCUUUCCUCCAAUAAACAUUGAACAGUACAAGGACAAACCGGUGCAGGAGUUGUAUGCAUUCCAAGACGAGGCUGACCCAAACUGUCCCAUCAUUCUCCACUUCGUUCUCGUCAAUAAUCACUUCCGUCAUCAGUACAAACAAGGUACUACACAAACGGAAGAAGAUCGCAAGUUUGCUGAUUUCUCUAUCUUUGAUGACGGAACGUAUGACAGUAUCAACUUUGAAUUUACCGAAAACCAAUUUCUCCGUAUUUCAAAAUUGAUGGAAUUCAACGUUCAUCACAGCUUGGACAUGGUCAAAGAGUACAUUAAAAAGGCGAUUGGGCGACGAGAGGGCCCCACCACUUCGCCGUCUUAGGGAAUGUUUCCUUCGAAAUAGUGCGGUUAUCUCUCUUUAAACAUCAGUUAGACUCCACGAACUUGUGAAACUGUGAUGUCAAAAAAGUUAGUAAGCAAAACGCCUGUCCAUUUGACUUAAUUACAUUUUGUAUGCCGAGUGUCCCGUCUCUGUACUAAAACACCACGAGUAUAUAGUUCCUUCGCAUGUCUAGAUCGCAAAUUAACAUUCCGUGUAAAAUUGUUUUUUCUAAUUUUGGGUCGUAAUCGUGAAAAUGUAAGCCCGCGUAAGUAACCUUUUAUACGGUAUGUAAAUUUAUAUACAUUAUGUAUAGAUCUAGAUGUCACAUGUCCCUUAAACACAUAGCCAUCAUUACAGUAUGCUAAACCUUUGAUGUUGAAAUUUGAAUAUCAUUAGGACGACAAUCACAUAGGGUUGUCUAUUUUCAGCAGUAUAUUAUAAGUACGUGGGUGGACUUUGUACAGAUGAUAUAUGUAGCUAUAGUAUAGUCAUGUGCGGACUGUCUACGUGAUCUCGGCCCGUUCCUCUUGAAUGGUUUUGUUUGUGUUUUAUUUAUCUGAUAUAUGUUAGCAAUCAAUCUCUUCAGUAAGGAACAUGUUAUUUUGACACUUUGGUAUUGUACAGUGAUUUACUGGUAUUAUUAUUUAUUCAUUUAUUUUCAUUAUAUUAAAUUCGUUAUAUAAUCUUUCCUUAUAAGGAUAACUCGUGUGAUUUCUGUUUAUGAUACACGUGAAUAAAACCAAAGAAGGCUAUAUUUUGUUGUAACAGAUUGCCAUUUCCACACAAUAAUUUAGACCAAUACCAGAACUGUUAAAUAAUGUAAAAAAAAACCAUACACAAAGCCUACAUUUUUAUAUUUCGUAGACAAUAAAUGGAUGGUGAUGUCAAAAUAAAUACUCUGCUACAGUAACGUAAUCAAUUUGCGGAUAUUGUUUUCAUUUCUUUUUUACAUAAGCAUUGACAACAUGUGUUUUGAGGCGUAAUGUGAUGAACAGAAACUCAAAGUUCUUUCAUUUCAUAUUAUAUAAAAGAAACUCGUUCAAGCUGAAUUUAUGAAACUCUCAUUGAAUGGAACCCUUGUCAUAGUUCCGAUAUGAGCUGUUGACUAAGAAUCUUAAGAUAUGUUAUUGUAUAAUCAUCUCAGACAUUGACGUUAUUUGACAUGAUCACUUUGAUGUUUGUUAUAUAUGCCC